CCCCGCUUCCCCUGCAAGUCGAUCGAUCAACCGAUCACUUCACACCUCCAUAUUAAUAUAAACAAAUCAACUUCAAUUUCUACACGCAUGGCUGAUUUCACUGCUCCUUCCGGCCCGCCGCCGCCCAAGGUCCCCGAUGGCUGGGUCGCCCGCUGGAACGAUCAAUACCACGAAUGGUUCUAUGUUAACACAUACACCAAGAAGUCCCAAUGGGACAAACCUACCGAGCCAGCCGUAGACCCUAACCGCCACGAUGACGGCGCGCCCCCCGGUCCUCCUCCGGGCUACACGCCGGGCUCCGGUCCCUCGCCCACUGACUCCAAGAACAACCCCUUUGUGAACGAGUCAACGAGGCCCGGGUACGGAUCUAGCUCGCAUGUGGACGAGGACGCGGACGCUCGGUUGGCCCGCCAGCUACAGGAGGAAGAGAACGCGCGCUCUAGAGGUGCCGCCCAGUCCUAUGCUAACACGCCCACGCCGCCUCAGGGCUACUCGCCAUAUCCCGAUCAGCUGCCUCCGCGCUCAUCCGGCGGCAGCAACCCCGCCGACAAAGCAAAGGGUCUAUUCGGCAAGUUCUUCGGUAGCGGCAAGAACAAGCCGCACGCCGGGUACCCAGGCCAGCAGCAAUAUGGCGGGCAGCCCCAGCAAUCCUACGGCGGAUACGGUUCUCCUGCCCCUCAGCAAGGGUACUACAACGGUCCUCCGCCACAGCAGUACGGCGGCUACGGUCCGCCUCCAGGCCAGUAUGGCGGAUACCCUCCUCAAGGCGGCUACCCCUCACAGGGCGGAUACUACGGACAGCAGCAACCGCCUAAGAAGAGCGGAGGCGGCAUGGGCAUGGCGGGAGGCGCGGCGCUGGGUGUAGGUGCGGGGUUGCUUGGCGGCGUGUUGAUUGCGGAUGCGAUCAAUGACAACCAGCAGGAAGCAUAUUCGGAGGGUUAUCAGGACGGCAAUGAUGGCGGCGAUUACGACGGUGGUGGCGACUUUGGUGGGGAUUUCUAGACGCUGCGCUGCGCUGCGUUGUGUUGCGGUAUGCUUUGAAACAAAUAAGCAUACAUCGCAUGUCUUCUUCGCGUUUGCUUUUUUUAAUCGUCAGCUCGGGUCAGGGACGAGAAUAGGAGGGUUAUAGGGCUCGGAUAAGACAGACAGACAGACAAGACUCGUAUUUUAUAGGCAUUAGGGGGCGUUGAUUAUGAAUGACAGCAAGAAUAAGAGUAACCACAAUAUCGAGAAAGGGAGAGAUCGGGAGAGAACU